AUGUCGAACACAUUAUCUAGCAGUUCAAGUAGCAGCAGCAGCUCUUCUUCGAGCAGAAGAUCUUCAUCGAGCAGAAGCUCAUCUUCGAGCAGUAACUCGUCUUCAAGCAAAACAUCUUCGAGCAGUAGUUCAUCGGCGAGCUCCAGGGAUGCAUCCGUCGAACGCACUCAAAUUGCGGCUCCGACUCCGGCUUCGCCUCCGGCUCAUUUCAAACCGGAAGAGUUGGAGUCCAGGCUUUUAAGUCUCCAUGAUAAAGUGAACAGCAGCUCUUCAAGCUUUAAAUGGAGUCGAUUGAGUGACUCUUCUUCCGAUGAAUCAGAUUCGGAGUCAAUCAGUCAACAGUCGACUGCGUUGGCCAACAAGUCGGAAAAUAUUGAAGCUUCUUUGCCUCAGAUUCCCAGUGGUUACAGGGUAAAUAAAGUGCAGUCUACGAAACCAGCCUUGUCGUGCGAAAGUAUUAAAAGUAGAAGCAGCAGCAGCACUGAAGAAAAUAAACCUCCAGUGCUUAGUGGUAUAUGGGUGAACCCAGAGGUAAGGAAGCGAGGAAGACCUCGAAAAGUUCCAAGCGGCACACAAAAGAAUUUUACGAUUCCACCACCACAGCCACAGCGUGCACCUCUAAGUAGGCAGGCGGAAAUAAAAGCGAUGCUGAUGGAAGGCAUGUACGAGAAUCUUAACCAGCCGAAACCCAGAGUAUCAUUGAUACAAUCGAAAGUGCCGUUUCAGAACUCUUCUUCCAGUUCAAAUGUGAUUCACCCGAAAGUGGUACGACCGCGAUCAUCGAUGCCUCCUGCUCAGGUUGAAUCGAAACCGGGACCGCUGAAAAUAAAACCGGAGCUUCCUGAUUUCUUAAAGUCAAUUUAUGGUAAUUCAUCGUCAAGCACUGAAGUGCUCAUAAAGAGCUUCAGGAAGCGUGAGGACGUCUCCAGCGGUAGGAAUGUAUCGAAGAGAUUUAAAAGUCACAGUAAUCUAGAGAACAAGGAACAAAUGGAUCACAGGGAUUCUCAAAAUGUACAAAGAUCUUAG